UAACUUUCGACUCGCAGCGUGCCAAAGGGGAAGUUGGCGAUUCAUUGCCUUUUCACAUCACCGACUGUUCACAUCCACCCAUUAUCACCGCACCACCGCACCACCGCUCCGCUCCUCCCUCCUUCUCCCUCCCAGGUUCUCCGGACCGCUUUCACUCGCUUAGCCCGGCUGUAAGAUAGGAAACGACGCGACGCGCAGCUGCUGUAGCACGAGACUGCGCAAGCUGCCUGCAUCGCCCACAACCCGCCGUUUUGUACAAAUUCUCCGUCCGGGUGCGACACGACCGAUAUUGCUGAGAGGGGGAGUCGAUCUGCUGCUUCCCAGCACUGGUGGGGAGUAGAAGGGGUCGAGAUUCGCACACACUUCCACAUACACCAGACAUGGCUUCCGAUUACAGGAUACGCCUGAUCACACUGCUUCUGGCUGGUCUUCAGCUCGCAAACGCUUUCUACAUUCCCGGCUGGUCAGUCAAGUCCUAUUCCGAAGGCGAGCCCAUACCUUUAUUCGUGAACAAGAUAUACAGCGACAACACACAGAUCCAGUAUGCCUACGCCGAACUACCUUUCGUCUGCGCGCCUUCAGGUCGACAACGGCCGGGAACAGGUCUCAUCUCAGGAUCCAAUGUCGCAUUGAACUUAGGGGAGGUGCUGCGUGGAGAUCGCAUCGUGGUGUCCGACUAUGAGCUCGAGAUGGGUACCGAUCAAGAGGCGCGAUAUCUCUGCAGUCAAAAGGUGGACAAGAGUGCAUUGAAGAAAGCCAUCGAAGUCGUCAAGGACGGCUAUGUCGCCGAAUGGAUCGUCGACAAUCUUCCAGGAGCGACGAGCUUCGUUACGGUCGACAAGAGCAGAAAGUACUAUGCUUCGGGUUUCAAAAUGGGCUAUGAGGAGGUUUCAAUGGUCACUGGACAGCCACGAUACUUUCUCAACAACCACGUCACAUUGGUCAUUCGUUGGCAUCGCGCCCCAGGAAGAGACGGCGAUCGAGGCAAGAAGGUAAUCGUUGGCUUCGAAGUCUACGCAAAGUCCAUUGGAGCUGAGAAUCGCGAUGCAUCCGGACUUCCAGCGGACCUCCACGACAUCAAAGCUGGAAUGGAGCUCGCAUAUGGCAACUCUACUCUCAACGCGAGCGCGCUUCACGACCCCAAUGUGUACCACGGCUACGACACUAUCGACGACAUGCCAGACGAUGCGACUGUGACCAUUCCAUAUACCUACUCCGUGUACUUCCGCGAAGAGGACAGGGUGGACUGGUCGAAUCGAUGGGACUUGUAUUUCGUCAAUCAGGAGGACAGCAAUGGCAUCCACUGGCUUGCCAUAAUUAAUUCACUCGUCAUCUUUGGUGGACUGUCCACAGCAGUCGCUUAUAUCCUGACCCGCACCAUUCGAGGGGAAAUUGCAGGCUAUAGAGAGCUGGGCAUGGAAGAAGGAAAGCUUCGCAUUGGCAAGCGAAACAAGGGCACCAAAACGCCACCCAAGACGGGUGCAGACAAAGGCGGACUGCUCGAAAAGGUCGAUGUUCUCGCACAGCCCGAAGAUGCCGACUCGGACGACGAGGAUGUUCUGGAAGACAUCACAGGCUGGAAGCUGGUGCAUGGCGACGUCUUUCGGGAGCCUGCACACGGGCGACUCCUCGCGCCCCUAGUCGGAUCCGGCAUGCAACUGGUGUUCAUGUCUAUCGGACUCCUGGCUCUUUCCUGCUUUGGCGUUCUCAAUCCGUCUUUCCGUGGCGGCUUCGUGUCUGUGGGCUUCGCGCUUUUCAUUAUCGCUGGAGCCUUCUCGGGCUACUUCUCAGCACGCAUCUACAAGACGGUCGGAGGCAACAACUUCCAGCACAUUGCCAUUGUCACAGCGACCCUCUUCCCUGGCCUUCUCUUUGCAACAACAUUCGUGCUCAAUCUCUUCGUCUGGAUCCAGGCUUCUUCCACUGCCAUUCCGUUCGGCACCCUACUCGGCCUAAUCGCACUUUGGCUUCUAGUGCAGUUGCCUCUUGUCUACGUGGGCAGCUACUAUGGCUUCAACAAGGCUGGCGCAUACGCACACCCCAUUCGACCCACCAAAGUGCCGCGUCAGAUCCCACAGCAAGCUUGGUACAGCCGCCAAGCCCAGACCAUCUUGCUCGCCGGGUUGAUCCCCUUCGCUGUCAUCUUCAUCGAGCUCAUGUUCGUUUUCCGCAGCCUCUGGCAGGACAAGAGCGGUUAUUACUACGUCUUUGGUUACAUGGCCGUGGUCUCCUCCAUUCUCGUUCUAGCUGUCAUGGAGACGACAGUUAUUGCUGUCUACGUACAGCUUUGCUCCGAGAACUAUCACUGGUGGUGGCAAUCUUUCUUCGUCGGCGGGUCCUCUUCCAUCUGGAUAUUCCUUUAUUGUGUAUAUUACUAUUUCAACCACCUCCACAUCACGGGCCUAGCGAGCACGAUGCUGUUCUUCAGCUAUAGUUUUCUGGCAUGUCUGACGCAUGGUCUCCUCACUGGCACCAUCGGCUUCCUCACGGCAUAUGCGUUCGUGCGGAGGAUAUACAGCGCAAUCAAGGUAGAUUGAGUCAAUCGCCUUUGAGUAUAAAAGUAUAAGUUUUCACGAGAGUCUACUAUUUGGCGAGCCAAAUCCUUCCGUGAGAGUUCUUCCCAACAUUCAGGCUCACAAUUGUUGGCGCUUCAGGAUACGCGAGAACCACCUCACGCGUAGGCCAUCUAGGAGCCGAAGCCAAACAAUCGGGCUCAGCCACAUCGAGCAGCAACAUCUUGUCGCUCAUUGGAUCUCGUAAAGUUAUCCUGGGCCCACAAUUGCAUACUCCAGGCCUUCCGGAGCCGAUAUGGCACCCAUUCACAGCCUCCGAAGACAGGAUUCACUCUCUCUGGUUGGAGCGAUCGAGGCAGACUGUUAACACGGCUAGUUGUGACGCCUGCGGACACGCGUUGGGGAAGGGAGAGGGAGAGGACGUGAGUGAAAAGCAAUUGAGCGAUUCUCACUGGUUGUCGGGAUGAAGCUCCUGAUACAAUCAACUCGAUAAAGAUAACAGAUAAUGUGAAAAGCCGACUGGACAGUCAUUUGCAUAUUGACAUUAAUUGUUCUGGGUGUUCAUUUGCGGAAGUCACCACAUUCGAUUCAAUAAGUUUAUAUAUGUUGAAGCCAGCGAGUCUGGAAUAUCUGACCUUGAUAUCACGCUGCAUUCUUAAUAAGUUCCCGCCCUAGCGCCAUCCCAGUAUACCCA